CCAAUGGCUACGUUCGGCCAAUAACCCUGCCGUGGACUCGACUUGGACUCGACAUAGCCUUUGCUAGACUUGCAGUACCUUGGCUGACUCCCCCCGCUGUGGACGGAACGCUGUGAGAGUCGGAAAAUGGACCUUGCUAUGAGAUAAUAGCGCUCGUGUCAUAUGCAUUGUAUAAGAAUGCAGGAUGCGACUGUUAUUACUCCCUAUGUUGACCCUUACUCAUACUCUUCGACCAUUCUAUCUAACUUGGUCUCUGGCUGCAUCGCUAUCUCAACAACAACUUCUGCUUGAAACAACACGCUAUCUUGCUUUAUCCCUAGUAUUGCCAAGUACAAGAUUUGGGAAGUUCCCGCGAUUGGCCUUCACUGAUCACGAGUUCUAUUCAUUCCUCAUCUGUCGUACUGUCAUGAAGUAGCGCUGGAAGAGAAUUACCUAUAAGGCGGACGUUUCACUGCUUACUACCUUCAUUACAUUCCCCAUCUUUCCUGUCCUGCCAAGCUUUUCGCUGACGUCGUAGCGAUAAAAGCGUCCAAACAGAUUCGUAUCGAUUCCUACAUCCCCGCAGUCUAAGUUCGAUCACCCAACAUGAUGUGGGAUUUGAGUGGUGGGGCGGCGUCAGCCCCGAAUCUGAACUCAGAUGGAUAUUACCAGGCACCUGUCUAUCCUGGAGGAUCGUCAUUUCCCAUGCCUGAAGCUGCGCCCUCGCCAUUCAUGCCUAUUGGUGCUCCGAUGGCUCCAGUCGGAUCUCCUGUCUAUUCGCCUGCUCCCGCUUGGGCUUACGCAAACCAACCUUCCGUAAACCAAGCCUCGUAUGCCCAACGUGCGCCGACUGCUGCAGACUAUGGGCAGCAGUAUCAGAGUGCUCAUCACUCUCAUUCACAUCAGACGACUCAUACGAGUCACGGGCGGCACAGAUUGCACUCCUCUAGUAGACCCCACAAUUCAGAACAGAGACCUCCCUCGGCUCCACCAGUAGUAUCACAGCAUUCUCAUGCUAGUCAUGCGCCCGGUGGUCACGCCGAGAGUUAUUUCCAGUAUUCAAAAUGUACCGGCAAGAGAAAGGCUGUUUGUAUCGGCGUUAAUUACACCGGCCAGCAGUUUGAACUUCGUGGCUGCGUGAACGAUGCGAAGAAUGUUCAUCGUUUCCUGACCCGAUACCACCAUUACAGGGACGAAGAUAUCGUACUAUUGACCGAUGAUUCCAAUAACCCUAGAGCGCAGCCAACCAAAGCUAAUAUCAUCGACGCCAUGAAGUGGCUUGUCCGGGAUGCUCAACCAGAUGACUCUCUAUUCUUUCACUAUUCUGGACAUGGCGGCCAAGUCAAGGAUCGCGAUGGUGACGAAGUAGACGGAUACGACGAAGUUAUAUUCCCCUUGGACUACAAGAAGGCGGGCUGCAUCGUCGAUGAUCUCAUGAAUAGCAUUAUGGUGUCUGUUCUUCCUGUUGGAUGUCGCCUCACGGCAUUGUUCGAUUCUUGUCAUUCAGGAUCGGUAUUAGAUCUUCCCUACCUCUACCACACGGACGGACGUGUCAAGGGUAGUCAAGUCAAGAGCAGUCACAGGAAACGAAAGGGAACCCAUGCCGAUGUUAUCUCUUGGAGCGGAUGUAAGGACUCCCAGACCAGCGCUGAUACCUUUGAAUCAGGCGCUGCCGCAGGGGCGAUGAGUUAUGCGUUCAUGACUGUUCUAAAGCACAACCCGCAUCAAUCAUACCAAGAGCUUUUGAAGUCUGUUCGCGAAAUUCUGAGGAAGAAAUAUAGCCAGAAGCCGCAGCUGUCCAGUUCUCACCGCAUCCAGGACACAAAUCUCCAGUUCAUCAUGUAAACUGCUCGGAUCGAUAAUUCAUGUCCUAUCUUGUAAUGCUUGUAUCGAUGACUUUGUAUU